AUGGCCGAGAGCGGAGACCCCCUGGAGAACUCUACGGGUGGGGUCAUCGUCCGACGAUCAAAGACCUUCUUCGAAGGUUAUGGAGACUUUGAGCUUCAAAGUAGUGACGGAGUCGUGUUCCAGAUAUCACGUUUCCUCCUUGCGUACUCGUCUCCGGUGUUCAGUGACAUGUUUAGCCUCGCUUCACCAUCCAAAAUCAAAGCCGAGGAAGGAGAAGAAAUCUCGGAUAGGUCACCUAAUUCGCAACCUAUCCAGGUCACCGAGGAUGCCUUGACUUUGGAUCUAUUGCUGCGGCACAUUGAUCCCAGGAAGAAUCCAGCACCGCUCAACGAAGCAACAAUCUCAAACCUCCUAGAAGCUGCCAGAAAGUAUCAGCUUUCGACGGUUAUGGCCUGGUUCGAGACCGAGUGUGUCAAAUACGCCGAGCACCCUAACAAGCCUAACCCGGGAACGUCUUUGAUGGCGCAUAAUCCACUCAUGGUACUCGCACUCGCGUCCGAGUAUGAUUUGCCCAUCAUUGCCAGUCAGGCGAUCAGCACGCUCAUCACCAGCGACUCGACCCUCCUCUACAAGGACGUCAAUAUUCCCUUGCCUUUAUACCGCUAUGUCCAGUGCCUACGAGAAGAGCGAGUCAAUUGGUUUAUUGCUCGGAUAGGAAUCAUUGCCAACAAGCUGUACCGGGGCAAACCAGUGGCACCUUCGAUAUGUGCCUGCCAUAAUACGCGCACUGGAUGGAUUCAUGCCCUCACAGAGGUUGUUCUUCGGACACCCAAGUGGGCGAACUUUGAGAGUGAAAUUCGCUCGCCAUUACGCCGAUGCAGGCCAGGCUGUGGGGAAUGGGCAGGGCAAAUCGCUGAGGAUAUCAGCAUUUGGGAGCACGAGGCUAAUCGUGUAGAAUCAAUUUUGCCACCCCUCCCGUAG